AAGGCUGACUGAAAUAAGAAGAAAAAAGAAAAGAAAAAAGAUUUGUUUACAAGUCAAUGCAUACUAUUUUACCAGCAUGGAUACUGGAGAAGAAAGUUUUGAGGAUGACAAUCUAGGUAUUCAGGCAUUCCAUGUAGAAUCUGAUGAAGAUGACCUUGAUCUUGACAUACCACCAACAACUGGCAAUGAAUACCUGAGACGUGUACGUAUGGAGGCAAGUGGUUGUCCAAAAAUAGUUGUUGCAGAUCUUGAUGUGAAAUCAUUAAACAAGAAACAGACAGUUCAUGUGAAGGAGUGGAUAGGUGACCACCAGCCUGCACCGAGAGGAUUUGCUCCAAGUCUUCAAUGGCAGAAUAUGCAAGUGGCCAACUUUGCUGAACAGAGACAGAAUCUGGCACGUUAUAAAGCAAAAAGAAAAACUCUUAAAGUAACCAAGUUGCCAACAGUGCCACAUGCUAAUGAUGUAGAGGCCUGGUGUAGAUUGUGUUUUGGUCGAUUAAGACCCCCAGCAAGGCUUGGACAAGACCCAUCUAAAAUAAAAUCUGAUUUAAAUACUAGUGAGAAUGAGACUGAUAUUAAGAUGGAUUCUGACAGGGAGACAACUGAUGCUGACAGACCAGAAAGUUCUACAACAUUUCCCUCCCAUGAGGGCAUUUUACCUCUAGUUAGUGUAAUGGUGGCCAUGGAUCAGCCGACAGUGUUAAAAGUUUUAGAGUAUCACCUAAAUUGGUUUGAAGCCACAGGAUUUACAGAAAGACAGGGUUAUUGGUUUUAUGCAUUAUUAGUAAGUCUAGAUAAACCAUUAAUACCAGAUGCCUGCUCCUUGUUACGAGGUCUAGCUAGAGCUUGCUCAAGAUUACGUGCAUCUCUUGAGAGCAUAGAUGACCCAAGACUUACACCAUUAAACUUAUUCAUAUGUUUAAUAUCAAGAUACUUUGACCAAUCAGAUUUGAUGGAUCGUGUCACAUGACAAUACUGCAGGGAUGUUAAACAAUCAAUGUUCUUCAGUAAUGUUCCAGAUAUGUUGAGUUAGAUAAGUCAGGUCUUGUGGACUGUAUCAAAUAAAUGAUUACAUGUGGACAGUACCAUCACCUGAGAAAACAAUAUUUGUAUAGACAAGCAGUGUGGUAAAAGUCACCAUAUGAAAGCAUUCUUCUAUUUUGAGUACAGCAGUUUGAGAAAUAGUUUGAGGAAUAGUUGGGCUAUCCUAUUCAUUCAGUGCCUCCUGCAUUUUUGAGGAAUGUGACUGCAUAACGCUUAGUUAUGGUUCUUGGUGCAAUAUAAUGUCUCAUAUACAUAAGUUAUAUAUAUAUGAAUACUCGUGUAUGUCUUUACGAUGGAUCAUAAUUUAGAUUAAAUUCUCGAAUUCUACCUGUCCAGCUGGUGUAAACAUGCAUACAAGGAUGUACAAAGAACCCCAAAUUCUGUUCCUAUAACCGCGGAAGUUAUUCACUGGUAGCUUCUCACAUCCCAUUUAUAUUAUUGCUGUAUUUUUACUAGAUUUACUUAAACAAAGAAGAUUCCUUGUUAAGGUUGUGCGCCAUGCAAAAGGGACUGCGCUGUUCACGGACAAGUCUUGUUAUUAUAAACAAAUAUAGAAUGUAAAUAUAAUUACUAUAUAAAGUAUUUAAAGAGCUGUCCUCUACAUAUUUCAGUUUUCACAUUUUACAUUCAAUUUUUAGAUAAAAGCUUCUUUUGCUCUAGCUUUUUAUUACGAAGGAUUUCAAAAACAGUGGGGCAGUAGUUUUAAAUUUACAAGAUGAUUCUAUCAAAACUAAUACUGAAAGGUCAUAAAGCUAUAUUUGACCAUCUCAAAUUGAAAGAAUAAUGUUUGUAGAAGUAUAACAUGAAAAUACAGGUUUCAGUAUUUCUAUAGUACAAAGUCAGUUAUAGCUUUACACCCAUAACACUUAA